UACGUAUAUAUAUAUAUUUAAACAAGUGUCAACACUAAUUUGUGUUAUCCUGACUAACUAUCAAGUGUAAACUAGAAAUUUGUGGUUAUUCCUGGAGACAGUAUUUGUUUAAGUCGAUUUAAAUUACUGCUUGAAAAGAUAGAAGUGAAAUAUCAAAAUAUGUAGGAACUGCAAAUAUUUCUCCAUUGAAGAAAAGAUUCAUCAUGGACAAUACUUACAGAAACCAAGAAAAUUUCGACGAUGAAAAUGUGUAUGGUAUGAGAAAAAUAACAUACUUGGAAAAAUAUGGUGUUAAACACUUUCCCUACCGUGGAAAGCGAAAAUACGCACCAUCAACUUACCGGUCAGUAGACGGAAGGAUGGUUAUCUCAAACGAUAUUUUUGGAUUGACAAUCAAGCAAUUUGAACGAAUGUAUAAAGAUUGUCUAAUCAAAAGGAAAUUACACGAGCAGUGGAUACUAAACCUUAGAUAUCCUGACAAAUCUUCAAAUGAAUAUCUGGAAUACUUGCAGAAUUGUACAGACUUGAAUAAAGAACACUCUCCUUGGUCUGAAAAUGAACUGAAAGAAAAAGACUUAUUCGAACUUUUGGUAAAGACAGUCGGUACUGAAAUAGAUAUACGUAUUCGACAGAGAUUAUUUAUCAUACAGGAUAUGAUCGUCAAUUUGACAAAUAAUGAUACACAAAUAGCGAGUGGGAGUUUGGCAGAGGGACUAGAUUUACCUGGAAGUGACAUAGAUUUAAUGUCAGUAUGCAAUCAAAUAGUUGUCAAACGAAAUGUACGGGAUACUAAAUAUGUGAAGCAUUAUAAACAACCGAAGAAACAAACUAUAUUUGUUAUGGAAACAGAUAAUGAUUAUCCAGGAUUUACAAAACUGCGAUUAAUAGCCGCCGGAGAUACUUUCGAUGCAACUCACGAAAGUAUUGAAAUGACUGCACAAGGUUUAUAUUUAUCAGUUAAUGGAUUUUUGAAGGGAGUGAAGGAACAAAUUCAACACGUGCACCUAAUACCACACGGCCCUUGUUUAACAUAUUCUGAUCAAGAACGUGAUUUUGCAUUCUGCUUUCGAUGUACAUAUUUACCUUAUAAUGCAGCUUCAUGGCCAAUGCGUUAUCGAAGGCAAUGGCCCUCUAAUUUCGUGAUUGACAAGAUUGAACAAUACGGAUGUUUGAUAGUACCCAUAGGACCUAAGAAUAAGUCAGAUUCUAAUAUAUUGUGGAGACUGUCUUUCUCUAUGGCAGAAAAACAACUUGUACAUUCGUUUAAUUUUACUCAACUCUUGUGUUACGGUCUUCUCAAAUUAACAUUAAAGCGUAUCAUAAACACAAAUGAUGAUCUCAAAGAUUUAUUGUGUUCCUAUUUUCUGAAGACGGCUUUAUUCUGGGUCUCAGAGGAAAUAGAUAUUGACACAUUUCAAUUGCCUAAACUGUUUUGUUGUUUUUUUCUCUGUUUGAAUAAAUUGAUAUCAUGGGUGAAAACAUGUUACUGUCCAAAUUAUUUCAUACCUGAACAUAACAUGUUCCUCGAAAAGAUCACACCAGAUAACAAUACAAUGCUACUAUGUGUAUUGAACACCUUACUGGUUGACGGAGUUGAAAGAUUGAUUAGUGGUUUAUUUCCGCUCACCAAUAGACAUAAUAUUUCAAAGAGUGAAUGUUCGUUCAUUAAACUCGACCUUCUAUUCUACAGAAUAAGUGGGAGUAGGGUUGUACGCCACAUGUCAGAGUGUUAUAAUGUACAGACACUAACUGAAUCUUUACGAAAGUCAGAAAGGUCCACGUUCAUUAGUGACGUAUGUCAAUAUGAAUACAACAGAAUAAGUAAAUUUGCAGUACAACUACUACCACCACCAAUCGUAAUUAAUAAAGAGUUCGACAUACUUAAUUUUUAUCAUAGACAUUUACAAGACUAUAUCAAGACAGAUGCCGUGUCCGGUUGGUUGUUGUAUGCGUCGUUUUAUUAUGUGACAGGACAGUACAACGUAACACUCAAACUGAUAGAUUAUGUUCUAUCAAGAUGUUCACCUAAUAUGGUGAACAUGGAAUAUAUCUAUUGUGAAGAACGUAUCAAUAGUUACACACAAAAUGUUCAUUCUAAAAUGACAUUUCUUGAAAGGAUGAAAAUAGCUGUUGUAGAUACUGUUUUUUACGCGAAACACUCCUCAUUAAUCCCAGAUGAACUACAACUGGAGGUGCAAUAUAGUGAUAUUGGUAUUCUACCUAUCACAAUGUGUCACUGCCUUCGAUAUCUAUGCUAUAAUCAUCUUGGUGAAAGUAUCAAUAGACAGCAAGCUUUACGGGCUUUGCAUUUGCGAGUAAGAGAAGAUUGUCAUAAUGAAUUUUACCGAGCAUCUGAUGCAUUAACAAUACUCGGAGUAUGUGUGGAGUUAUCAGGAGAUAAGAAUGCAGCGUAUAAGUGUUUUCAUGAGGCAUUACAAUGUGAUUAUAUAAUAUGUCCAUCAGCAGAACUCCGCGUUUCUCAACUUGUUGACGUCUAAUAUACGCUUCAUCUUUGUACUGUCUAAGUUCAA